AUGGGCCCGAAUGUGACGAGCGAUUCUACACCACUAGAAGGUCCUCCACCGUCAGGAUCCGUGACGUGGACCAGUUCCCGAGCGACAAGACAGCGGAAGAACCGAGAACGUGAGAAAUCUGCUGAUCCGGCAGAGCUUUUAAGUUCAAGCAGCAGAACUUCAGAAUUAAAACGAGUGCGAAGGAACGAUCUCCGUCAAACGAGGCACAAAUCAAAGACCACAAAAAAUACCAGAAGUAAAAAAAACAAGGAUCCGUUUGAAGACCAAGGGAUGUCCAUGUCCCUCACCCUGAAGGUUGGAUCAGGCAUGGAUGAAGGAAUGGAAACAAGCUCGAUCAUGACCUGUAAAAGAAUGAUAAAGAGCAGGAAUGCAGAAGAGGACCAUGACAUGCUAACAGACCCUUUGCGUCCAUCCAGAACCACACCCGAGGACCUCUUUGGUACGGAAGACGACCAGUCAGCAGACUAUGGACACCUCGAGAAAAAGUGGUUAGUGUGUUUAGACAGAGGAGUAAAACAAGAUGAUUUGGAACAGGAAGAACUGUGUUUUACAUCCAUCAGGUGCAGCACGAACCCACUCAAACGCAGCCUCUCCUGCCCAGACAUCUCGCUGCAGCGUGCUAGCGAUGUUGCCCCUUCUGCCCCUUUUAUCGAUGACAAAACCCUUUGUUAUCCCCCUUCCCCCCCGAAAAGGGCACCCGAUUCGACCGCAACCGCUCCCUCUCCGGUCAAACGGACUCGCAGACACACCGUGUGCAGCGUGGAAAUUGAGCGGGAGAUCGCCCCCUUGUGUCUCCGCAAGGAAGUUUACCCGGCAUGGGGGAGCAAGCCUGGUUAUUCGCACCCACACUCCCCUUCGAAAUCCUUGUCGUCCCUGAUUUCCCGCUUUCUAUCGAGCCCGCUGGCAUUCCGCUCAACGAAAUCGAGCCGAGGCCACGCCGACGACAGCGGAUACGCCGCCAGCAGAAGCGACCUCGGCAUCGCCUCGUCCUCUUCUCCUUCGCCCAUUUCGCUACGUUCUCCCGCUUUUUCCAGCUCCGCAGGCGAAUCGGCUUUCUUCAAUGAUGCUCCUCACACACCCGGGCAGGCGUCCGUGUCCUCACAAUGCAGUGGGUUUGAUUCCGUGUCCAUGGAGGCUGCGGAAGCUGUGAUUCAGCAGGGGAGUGAAGGAAACCAGCGAUCCUCACUCAUCUCUGAGGAGAAAGCUUUGUCCGACUCGGAGAUCAAGCCCGACAACAAGCAAGUGGAACGGCGAAAAGUGUCCUCCAUUCGCAUCCGGAAAACUCUCCCCAAACCACAGUAUAAUCUGACUCCCAUGGGGCUUCCCAAAGCAGUCAGGAUAAAGAAGAAAGUUUUUAGCGUGGAGGAAAUCUACACCAACAAAAACUUCAGCAAACCUCCAGAAGGACGCUUAGAGACCAUAUUCGAAGUCCCUCUCAGCCGGCGAGACGGUUCCCAGUCUCUGAUCGGCCCAAAGCGGCUAAAGCGAUUCGUCGAGUUUCCAGAACUGGGCAUGGCUAGGAAGCCGAGGAGGCCUCUGGUGGGCGGAGCAGGUGGGGGCGGGGCUCAGAGAAAAGCAGCCGGGAAUUCUGGGACGGGAAGAACCCGGCGAUGCAGGGAGGAAGAAGCGGUUCAUGUGCAGGACUUUGAUUCUCUCCUGUGCUCCAAACUUGACGAGUUGGACUUGUGGAUGGCGACCGAAGAUCUGGUUUAUUGACACCUUCACAGGUUUUGUGUUUUUUUUUUUUUUUUGUGGGAUGAACAGUAAUUUUUGUACAGGUGUAUUUUGUACAGUUUUAACAUGAGGUUGUUUGUUGUUGUUUUUUUCCUGCCACAGCAGUGUACACAUAUGAAAAGAGCACUUCAGUUCAACAGAGUUUCUAUUGCAAAUUUACCUUCAGAUUAAUUCUCUACAUCAGAUUAUACACUGUUCUGUCUCUCACAGGCUCGUACUUUUUACUAGCAGCUUGUGACCCAGCUGCAGCGACGCUAACACAAGAACCGCUCGCUCAUUCACACCAUCAAAGGCGAAAGAACUUUGUUGCUAGGCAACAGCAAAGAUAACUAGAAUUCGGCGAGGGAGCGUCCGCUUCGAAAAGUCAUUAACGCCACAAAAGCGAGUUGUUUACACGCAAACUCGACUUCAUUGCUGUCCGUUCGCCGGCUCCUUUCGUGAAAAGUUUUAACGUUUAAUACAGUUGUAACAAUAAAUAUUUAUUUUUUUCAGUGCA